GCAACUAAUCUCUUGCUCUUGUCUGCUUUUGCUGGUUACAAUUUCUGCCAAAGAACCAAAGCGGAAAACAUUUUCGAAUCUCAAAAUCUCGGGUUUUCAGAUUCCACCUCAUUCCAGCUUUCCAGUCAUUCCUGUGGGCAACCAAAAGUAGUUCUUUCAGUUUUCCCACCGUUCCACACUCCUCUCCACUUUCUCUUCGUGCAAUAUUGUGGAUUGUGGUGUUCAAUGAUAAUGGUGCUGAGUUUAGGUGUUUUCGUUUGAGAAGAAAUAAUUUUUGUAUGUUGGUAACAAAUUAUUUGAAACUUUUCUCCAACGCAUGCGCUCUCUAGCGCUCUUUUUGAAGUUGACAACUUUACCAAAGUGUGGUUGUCCGUACUUUCAAUUUAAUAUUUUUAAUUUUCAGGCUCAUCGCCAAUUUAUAUCAAAUAAAAAAUGGUUCAAAAGAAACCCAAGAAGAAGGUUGGUAAGAAAGUUGCAGCAGCACCCCUAGUUGUUAAAAAAGUUGAAGCCAGGAAAGAAGUAAACCCACUUUUUGAGAAGAGGCCAAGGAACUUUGGAAUUGGUCAGGACAUUCAGCCCCCUAGAGAUCUGUCAAGAUUUGUAAAAUGGCCCAAAUACAUCCGUAUCCAAAGGCAAAAGGCUGUUCUCCAAAAGAGGUUGAAAGUGCCACCACCAAUCAACCAGUUCACACAGACUAUUGAUAAACAAACUGCCACCCAGUUGUUUAAAAUCCUUGAGAAGUAUAGGCCUGAGACUGCCUUACAGAAGAAGAACAGGCUGAAGGCUAGGGCUGAAGCUAAAGUAGCCAAAAAGGAAGAGGCCCCUGCAAAGAGGCCCAAUGUUUUGCGUGCUGGUACCAAUACAGUGACCAAACUUAUUGAGCAAAAGAAAGCACAAUUGGUUGUUAUUGCUCAUGAUGUGGACCCCAUUGAGCUGGUUCUGUUUUUGCCUGCCCUCUGCAGGAAAAUGGGGGUACCUUACUGUAUUGUGAAAGGAAAAGCUAGACUGGGACUUCUUGUCAGACGUAAGACAUGCACUGCUGUUGCUCUGACACAAGUGGAUUCUGGUGACAGGUCCAACUUCAACAAGGUGACCGAAGUGAUCAGGACGAACUUCAACGAUCGCGCAGACGAGAUCAGACGACACUGGGGAGGUGGUCUUCUGGGGUCGAAAUCGGCCGCCAGGAUCGCCAAGAUCGAGAGGGCGAGGGCCAAGGAACUGGCUCAGAAACAGGGCUGAGCACAUGAUUGUUGUUUCCAAUGAGGUGACAUUAAUAAAUGAUAAGUUGGAAGUUUUCCUUUUUUUGUGUUUUGAUUUUUUUGCGCGGGUUGAUAUUUUGCUGUGGAAAUCAAGAAGAA